CUCGCCUCGCCUCGCUUCCCUGUUGUGCUGCUCCGCCGUCGUACCCCGGCCUCCUCCUCUCAAACCCUAAAACGCCGACGGCCUUCGCCACGAUCCCUUGACCGCCCCGUCCCAUCCACGGACCACGGUCCGAUAUUCUUGCACCGGACGUUUCUCUUCGAUCCGAAUCUGCACUUCCCAUCCUCCAGGCGCAGAACAACGGAGGAAGUGCCAUUGUGGCAAUCAAUUAAGCAGCUAGCGGUCAAGUGAUCAACGCCGUAAAGGUCUUGUCACCAGCCCCCAUGCCAUAAAUUUUAUCACUGCUUCGCCUCUCUUCUCCUUGGCGUCCGUUUUUUCUCCUUCGCGGCUUCACUUCUCUCCCCCUCUUCUGUCCGUCAAGCGUCUUCUUCUGCUAUGCUCGCCGCAGGAGUAGCAGGGGGUUAUGGCAUCGUCAAUCAAGAAUGUGAUGCUUCUGGACUCCGGCGCAUUCGACUGCGGCGUAUGCCAGUGUCCACUUAAGCCGCCAAUCUUCCAGUGUGAAGUGGGACACAUGGUGUGCUCAGAGUGCAGGGAGAAGAUGGCAGCAGCAGAGACGUGCCAUGUGUGCCGACGCACCCUUGCCGGUGGCUACAAGCGGUGCUACGGUGCGGAGCACAUUGUGGAGAGCCUCAGGGUGCCGUGCCCCAACAAGGCAUACGGCUGCUCCUUCAUGCUGGCUCGCUAUGACGAGAGCGUGCACCUCCAGGUUUGCCAGUACCCCCCGUUCCACUGCCCCGCAGAGGACUGCGUCUUCAUCACCGGCAACCAGCCGGCGCUUCUGGAGCACUUCCAAUACACACACAAAUGGCCGUCGACCACCGUGCACUGUAUUGUCCCAAACAGUGCCACACGGCCCAAACCCACGGGGACGAACUUGGCACUCGUUGACGGCUUCAACGUACUAUACAUCAUCCCUUCUGGGCCGGUCAUCCUGAAGGUGACGCGGGAGUCAUGUGGCCGCGUCAUCACUCUUAUCAAGGUACGUCGUGCUGGUCGAAGGGCCAAGAGAUGCCGGUUCAUGCUGGUGUAUGAGACUCCUUGCGGCACUCACCGCCUGGAAUAUGCAUUUAAUAACAUGGCCUCCACUAAUCCCUCCCUCACCGGAGGAGGCCUGUCUACUACCGACGACCACUUCAACUUCGUCGUCCCAAACUCGGUUGAGCCACUCAAUUUGAUAUUUUCACCGCCGCAUUCACAUUCUUGUUGGCAGUUUAACGAUCUCGAUGCAGAGGCCGGGGCUGUGCUCCCAUUUCGAAAACAACUUUGGCAAUCUCGAGCCUGAAGUCUAUUACCAGAGCCUGCUGACUGCUAAGGACUAAUCGGAGGCCUGGACGGUUAUUUUUGUUUAGUUUAGACUGCUCUUAAAUUGCUGCGAGGCUGGUUUAUGCAUUUUGCUAGAGACGAGAACUGGUACUCAGUAUGCUGCAGCUAUUGCUCUAGGCAAGAUUAGUUUUCAUUUUGUUAACCUCAACCAUGAACUAUCUGUAAGCUUAUUCUGCUAGUAUGUGUAUGUGGUACUCCUUGCUAUGUGCUCCUUUUGUAAUACGUAGUAUGUUGCAAGGAAUGCGCUACUGGAGUCCUGUAUCUGUCCGUUGCAUUCCACCUGUUCCUUCUUUUUCUGUAUGUUUCCCCUCUAUGCUUUGUUACUCAAGUUAUGUGAAAUUUCUAUAUCUUCUGGAC